AGUCCCUGUUCUAAUAACAAAAUCAUUCUUAAACAACAGAAAAUGUCAUCGUCUGACUUAGAAAUAAUACAACAAAAGAACGCAGAAGGGCUGCCUGAACAGAAGGAGCCACUAAGUGCAAGUGUUGAGUUAAAUAGCAACAAAGAGGAAUUGGAAUCGGCGGCGGACGCCUGUGAAAAAAUGGAACAAAAUUUAGCCGCGGCAGAGCAAUACAAAAAUCAGGGAAAUGAAUUGCUUAAAACUAAAGAAUUUACGAAAGCCAUCGACAUGUACUCCAAAGCCAUAGAACUGUAUCCAAGUAGUGCAAUAUACUAUGCCAAUCGUUCGUUGGCGCAUCUACGUCAGGAAAGCUUUGGAUUCGCACUGCAGGACGGCAUUUCAGCAGUAAAAGCAGAUCCGAGCUACUUAAAGGGCUAUUACCGACGUGCUGCAGCUCAUAUGUCUUUAGGAAAAUUCAAGCAAGCGCUCUCUGAUUUCGAAUAUGUGGCUAAAUGCCGGCCCAAUGAUAAAGACGCAAAAUUAAAGUUUACCGAAUGCAGUAAAAUUGUAAAGAUGCGCGCCUUUGAACGCGCUAUUGCUGUCGAUAAGCCAGAAAAGACGCUUUCUGAGAUGAACAGGGACUUGGAGAACAUAGCUAUCGAAGAUGACUACAAAGGACCUCAGCUCGAGGAUGGCAAGGUUACCCUGCAGUUUAUGAUAGACCUAAUGGAGCACUAUAAGGCACAAAAGAAACUGCAUCGUAAAUUCGCUUAUAAGAUCCUCUGCGAAAUUGAUAUGUAUAUGCGCGCUCAGCCAUCAUUGGUAGACAUUACAGUGCCAGACGAGCAGAAGUUCACAAUUUGUGGCGACAUUCAUGGUCAAUUUUAUGAUCUGAUGAACAUAUUUGAAAUAAAUGGACUGCCAUCGGAAAAGAAUCCAUAUUUGUUCAAUGGUGAUUUUGUGGAUAGAGGCUCCUUCUCAGUGGAAUGUAUAUUCACGCUAUUCGGUUUCAAAUUGCUUUAUCCAAAUCAUUUUUAUUUAUCACGAGGCAAUCAUGAGAGCAUCAACAUGAACCAAAUGUACGGUUUUACUGGUGAAGUUACAGCAAAAUAUACAAGCACAAUGGCAGAUAUGUUUACGCAAGUAUUCAACUGGCUGCCAUUGUGUCAUUGCAUUAAUCAGAAGAUCCUAGUCAUGCACGGCGGUCUAUUUUCGUCGGACAAUGUCACAUUAGAUAACAUUCGCCGCAUUGAACGCAACUGUCAGCCGCCCGAGGAGGGACUAAUGUGCGAAUUGCUGUGGUCUGAUCCACAGCAAUGGCUCGGUCGGGGCCCAUCCAAACGUGGUGUGGGAAUACAAUUUGGGCCGGACGUAACGGAGGCAUUUUGUAAGCUUAAUAAUUUGGAUUAUAUCAUACGCAGUCAUGAAGUCAAAGAUAUGGGCUAUGAGGUUGCUCACAACGGACAGUGCAUCACCGUUUUCUCAGCGCCAAAUUAUUGUGAUACCAUGGGCAACAUGGGCGCGUUUAUAACUAUAACGGGUAAUAACCUAAAACCAAAUUACAAAUCCUUUGAGGCUGUGUCGCAUCCUGAUGUCAAGCCCAUGGCAUAUGCCAAUAGUCUAAUGAACUGGCUGGCAAAGUCAUAGUUGCCUCUGUCCGGCGCAUUAUAUUAGCUAAAAACAUACCCUAAACUCUCAUACAGAUGUCCACGCUUGAGAACCAGCAAAACCUUGUAACGAACAAAAUGGUACGAACUACCACUAUCACAUACCACUUAUGUAGAAUAGAAGGUACUUCGAGACGCUCAAUAGACUAUAUGCACAUUGCCCUACUCUACAGCCUGCAGUUAAGUAUUUCGCAUGCCAAUUGGCAUACAAUUCAAUCAUCAACGAAAAUGACCCAAAAGCUGAGCAAGCGGCAGUAUAACAAACACAAAAUUGCAAUCAUUUUAUAUAAUAUUCAGCUAUAUUUGAUACAAAAACAUUGCUUAAAAUCUGUAUAUGAGUCGGAUGCUAAGUUUCAACGGUGCUAAGCAUCUGAGUUUCUACUGUACCUUUCGACUCUGUAUUUGUGUGUAUGCGUUUGUGUUUAAUUUUUGUUGUAAGGCUCUUUCUAUAAAGAGUAAAACUUUCAUGCAUAGCAUUUAGUUAUUGGGCCACAGCGUAUGAGCUGCUAAAAUUUAAUUUAAAUUAUGUUUUCCAAAUGCUUCACUUGUUUCGUAAUUAUAAUUGUUUGAUCUUUGCCUUGAUUAUUCAAUAAAAAUCCAUACAAAUAUA